UGAAAUCUCUAUAGAAAUAAUGAACAUUUAUGUGCUGUUCUCGUUGCUAUUGUUUCUGGCGCCCGGCGGUUGUCCCAUCUAUAGCAUCGAUGUGUCCACACUGGAGGUGCCCACUGACUUUCAGAAUGAGCUAACACUGCAAUCGAUGCUCUCCUCCGAAAUGCACCAAUAUCGCAAUAGUCUCAACUCUAAUGCCAAACUCAAUGAACUGACAGCCGCUCAGCAUUUUGAGCAGGCCCAUCCUCAAGUUGAAGAUAAUCCCUUCGAUCACAGCGAUCUAAUGCGCAGCAUUGAGGAUCGCAUCAAGGCCACAUACUAUGCAGCUGCCUCGCCCGAUGAACUGGAUGCUCACAUUGAACAGCAGCAGGAACCACAGUCGAGUCAGAAGUGCUCUCGCAGUGCCAGCGAUGAAGACACAUUCCUGGGCACCAAUCUCUUCGGCAGCUAUCCCAAGAAAUGCUUCUCCGCCGAGGAUAUUGCGCUGAUGUCCGCACGAAGGGACUUUGAAAUGCUUGUACCCAAAUCCUAUCCUCAAUGUCUACUACACGAUGGCAUUGUCUACACGCUAAUGAAGUACUUCAAUAGUGUCAAUCAGCUAGUGAAACGCAUGACCGAUACGGACUCAAGGCGACUGCUACAAAGUGCCUUCUACGAUGCCUUGGGUGGCUAUUUGCGCUUUUAUCUGUUGCCUGUGGCACAAGUCUCUUACUAUGCAGGACGCUUAAAGCUGUGCACCGUGGAGCGUUUGGUGACACUGUAUCGCCAGUGUCGACAGAUGCUCAACACAAAUGGCAAUGGCUGGAAAAUUCCUGUAGCAGAUGUGCUCUGCCAGCUGAAGACAGUGCACAUUAAACCCAUUCGAUUGAAUGGGGAACAAGGCAAUGAAAAUGAUGCCUCGAGUUGUGCAUUGCUCGAUCAGAGCUGUGUCAAUGAGGAUGCGCAGAGGGAGCAAAUGUUGGUGCCGCUGCCGCAUCUGGAGGCCGAGGAUAGCGAUGGCUAUCUAAGCAAUAUAUUCUUGCCUUUCAAGCAUCGACGAAUCUACAAUUUGCGCUCUGCCGAAGCUUCCUUCAUACUCGUGAAGUUCUACAGAACUCUCAGCAAUUGCUAUCGGUUUCAGGGCAUCAGUCCCAAGACAUAUAAUCAGAAACUACGCAACUGGAUAAGGGAAAACCUGCAGGUUCAUUAUCGGGAUGAGAUGUUCUAUCCUGGUUUGGGCGGUGUAUUGCAAGUCUAUGAAGUACUUGGAUACUCAGCAAAAUCUUCGGAGCAAUCGGAAGAAAACGAGGAGCCUGUACUGAGUGAAGAUGACUCCAAGGACUAUCAGUUGGCUACCGACGAUGAAAACUGUAAUGCAAGGAAAAGCGACAAAAAGGAUAAGGAAGCUGCUUCCCGAAAACAAAGUCGUUCGGCAGCACAUGAUGUUACUGUUGAGGGAGCUGGACAAAAGAGUCCAAAGGAGCCUAACAACGAGGAGGAAUGCGUGGAAUGCGACGAUGAGAGUUACAUUGGCUACAUUGCCGCCUUUUUGGCGCUGCUUCUGUUGCUGCUCAUCCUGAUCAUUUGUUGUUGCUUGCAAAAACGUAAAAAGGGUAUUGCUCAAACUGUUAUCACUAAGAACACGCACUCAAAACCCAAAGAGAGAGUUGUCGAAAAAUCGUCAGACAAGAACAUCCCGGAUGUGGAAGCACCACAAAGCCCCAAUCCUGAAGAGCAUCAUAGCUGCUGGAAAACAUUAUUUCGCAGUCGCAAAAAGCAACGUAGGAAAGAACGAAAAGUUCGAGAGACUGUUCCGACCGAAAUUAAAACUGAGCCUAAUCCUGGCAUGGGCAUCAUAGGCAGCCAAAUGGAUGUCUAUCCAAUGAAACUGACCAACUUGGAAAAGUAUCUGCCACGCAAAAAAGCUUCAACUACAGAGCCUUAUUAUGAACUGGGUUCUAUGACGUCGACCUCAUCGCUGGGCUAUCAAUUCCAAAGAAAAUUUAUACCCCUUCACAUGCAACGAGAGAAACGAGACACAUAUUACACGAAAUCAGAGAGAAAACGUUCCAAGCCACUUGCUAAACAGACGAGCAGGGAGCAUAGACCUCAAAAGGAUCAGAAUAUGGAGCAAAGGGAAUCUUAUCCAGCUAAGGAUGAUGACGGUAUACGACAAAUCUAUAGUCAUGGGAGCAAAUUUAAAAGGCAAGAGGGCGGACUACAUCGAAUUGAAAAAGACGGUAGUGAGGAUGAGAGUAAGUCUAAAUUCUGUGAUUAUUCUACAAUGAAGACACUCAGUAGUAGCCCCGACAGAAAAAAAGAGUCAGGUGAUAGGGAAAAAAGUCAAAGUUCAGCGCCCCAAUUCAGCAGGCAAAUCAUUCUGAACCAAGACUCACAACCCAUUACUGAGGAAACUGCAUCGAUGCCCUGCUCUUCAACAGCUGGCUCAAGUGCAGGCCGAGAGUCGAAUGCGCCUAGCUGGGAAACUACCUUUGAUGAGGACAGCAAGUGAAGUGCAUUUGUGUACCCUUUUUUACUUGUUACAUUGUUUAUAAAUAUAUUUACUUAAUAAAGUUCAUUGUCUG